AUUUUCUAAAAAAGACUUAGGACCUCAACACCGAUCCAACGUUUCUUUUUGGGUUCGAAACGAAAAUGGCAAAAACUUACGCAAUGGGACUGAUUUCAGCUUUAGCAGCAGCUUCUGCUUCUUCUUCUUCACUUUUAUCCCAAACCAAUCAAAAUGUUGCUUUUUCUGAUGGACCCUUCAAUAUCCCUUUAUUUUCUUCUCCUUCUGCUGCUUCUUUUUCUUCAGGUUCUCCUCAGUCUUCUUCAGGGAAACUGACGUCUCAGCUGUCUGCUUCACCGGCGGUUCCGGCUGAUAAGGAGGCUUCCGGAAGUGUUAAGGCUAGGAAUGAUAACCCUAGGACGUCCUCGGCUGGAUUUGAUCCCGAGGCUUUGGAGAGAGGAGCCAAGGCUUUGAGGGAAAUCAGCAGCUCUGCCAAUGCCAAAAAGGCUUUUGAACUUAUGAAGAAGCAAGAGGAGACAAGGCAGGCAGAGUUGGCUGAAAGAACUGCAGAAUUUAAGGCAAUGCAAGCCCAAGCUGAAACAGAGAGACAAAGGGUAAUAUAUGAUGAACAGAAGAAGCUAACUCAGCAUCAAGCCCAAACAAAGUCACAGAUGGCUCGUUAUGAGGAUGAAUUGUCAAGGAAGAGGAUGCAGGCAGAAAAUGAAUACCAAAGAGCCAGGAAUCAGGAACUUGUAAAACUGCAAGAAGAAUCAUCAAUUAGACAGGAGCAAGCUCGGAGAGCUACAGAAGAACAGAUUCAAGCGCAACGUCGACAAACAGAGAGGGAGAAAGCUGAGAUCGAACGUGAAACAAUCAGAGUGAGAGCUAUGGCAGAAGCAGAAGGUAGAGCCCAUGAAGCAAAGCUUGCAGAAGAAGUCAAUAGGCGCAUGCUUGUAGAUCGUGCAAAUGCAGAAAGAGAGAAGUGGGUUGCUGCAAUAAAUACUACUUUUGAUCAUAUUGGAGGUGGUUUGCGAGCCAUUUUGACAGAUCAAAACAAGCUGGUUGUGGCUGUUGGAGGGUCGACUGCUCUGGCAGCAGGCAUUUAUACUACCAGGGAAGGUGCAAGGGUGAUUUGGGGCUACGUGGAUAGAAUACUGGGUCAGCCGUCACUUAUCCGAGAAUCUUCCAGGAGGAAGUAUCCUUGGUCUGGCAUCUUUACACGUGCUAUGAGCUCGCUAUCAAGCAAUGGUGACAAAACAUCAUCAAAAAAUGGAAAUGGGUUUGGUGAUGUGAUUUUGCACCCAUCUCUUCAAAAACAAAUUCAGCAGCUAGCAGGUGCAACAGCUAACACAAAAGCCCACCAAGCACCGUUUAGGAAUAUGCUGUUUUAUGGCCCUCCUGGAACAGGAAAAACAAUGGCUGCAAGAGAACUGGCUCGUAAAUCUGGAUUAGAUUAUGCAUUGAUGACCGGUGGAGAUGUUGCUCCUUUGGGACCACAAGCAGUUACGAAGAUACACCAGUUAUUUGACUGGGCUAAGAAGUCCAAGAGAGGCUUGCUGCUGUUCAUUGAUGAAGCUGAUGCAUUUUUAUGCGAACGGAACAAAACCUACAUGAGUGAAGCUCAAAGAAGUGCACUCAACGCACUUCUAUUCCGCACAGGUGACCAGUCGAAGGACAUAGUCCUUGCUCUUGCUACGAACCGUCCUGGUGACCUUGAUUCGGCUGUGGCGGAUCGAAUUGAUGAAGUACUGGAAUUCCCUUUGCCUGGGGAAGAUGAACGCUUCAAACUGCUAAAGCUCUAUCUGGACAAGUACAUAGCUCAGGCUGGUUCGAGAAAACCUGGUUUGUUUGAAAACCUUUUCAAGAAGCAGCAGCAGAAGAUUGAGAUCAAAGGGCUGACAGACGAUAUUCUAAGAGAAGCUGCAACGAAAACCGAUGGAUUUUCGGGAAGGGAAAUAGCUAAACUGAUGGCCAGUGUUCAAGCAGCUGUUUAUGGGAGCGAGAAUUGUGUUCUUGACCCGAGCCUAUUUCGAGAAGUGGUAGAUUAUAAGGUAGCAGAACAUCAACAGAGAAGAAAACUGGCUGCAGCGGACGGAAACCGUGCAUAAUUUGACUUGAAUUUUUGAUGAUUAACAGGCCCGAAUUCUAGGGUAUAGGGCAUCAUAGUGUCAUUGCCCCCCCUCCCCCGCCCCAAAAAAAAACAUCCAAAAGGGUUUAAGAUUGAAAACACAAUAGGUUUUUGUGUUAAAUUUGUUUGAAGAAUUCCCAUGGUUACCCUAACCAGAUUAGGUUAUUUUCUUGAUAAAGCAUCUUCUAUGUUAUGAUCUCUGAAUAGGGAAGAUGAAAUGAAAGGAAUAUAUGGGAUUUGAAUA